UUUUACCACCACCAUUUGAUCUGUUUCCUUCUCAGACACCAAAGGAACUUGUUUUUUGUAUUUUUCUUUUCGGUAGCUACUUUCUACAUCUCUCUUAUUUGGAUCACGUAUUAUCCUUUUUCAUUCCACGACCGACGACCAAUGUUCCGACACCUCGCCGCCCUGAUCCUGUCCGCCGUCGUCUUGGCGGCGUCCACAAGCUCCGGCGUCGUCGAUGCCCGUCCUGUCCACACCGGCCCGUACCACGUCGUCAUCAGAACCGCCGCCAAGCCCAGCCGUCGCCUGAUCGGGCUCGGCGGCAAUGCCGCCAUAUGCCAAGAGGUGCACUACAAGGCGCUGUGCGGCACGCUGACGACGCUGCCGGGGGUGAUGACGCCGCAGCAGCUGCUGGACGCGGCGUUGCGGGUGGCGGAGUCCAAGGCCAUGAUGGCGGAGAAGCGGCUGGCCGACGUGAUGAAGUCGCGCGCGGUGAAGGCCGAAGGCACGAGCAUGUCGUCGACGCUCGACACGUGCAAGGGCGCCUACUCGUCGCUGGCCGACGCGCUGCAGAAGGCGCGCGACACGAUCAAGAGCGGCGGCAGCCACGACGACCUGAUGACCGAGCUGUCGUCCGCCUCCACCUUCUCCACCGACUGCGGGGAAGCCUUCGACGAGUUCCCGGACCUCACGUCGCCCAUACCCGGGGCGCAGCGCCACGUCAACCGCCUCGUCAGCAACUGCCUCGACCUGGCUGCCACCAUCAAAGAAAACUGAUCGAUGGCGUGGACGCACACGUGCCGCGCCGGCCGGCCGCGCUAGGUUUGUAGGCUGCUUCUGGCUGCAGGCGAGCGUGCAAGGCUACAACGACACGUACUGCAUGUACUGCGCACACUCUGCCUUUUCAUGUACGUAUACGUGUGUACUAGCGUACAUGGUGUCUGUAUGUACACUGGUCAUGGGGAGAAUGGGGAGAGCAUGCAGUGCGUAUGUUUUUAUCAAUAUUUCUCGCAGCGGCAUAUAUAGGCGUCUUGGUCUUGGAGAUUAGCAAAAAGAAAGAAAAAGUGUUGUAGUUGAGUCCGGGAUAUAUUUGUGCAUCAGUGCAUGGGAGGUUGAUCGCCCAGAAAGGUAUAUAUAAUGUACUUCCUUAUUAAAUACAAGUUACUACAUACAAAUGUUUUUUUUUCUUCA